UUGUAAUCAAUUUAUAUAAUUGGCUGCAACGAACGACUCUUGCGAGUCGUGUGAUAGAUUGAAUUAUGUACAAAUCAUUUAUUUUUAUUUGCGUUUAUUUCACUUCAUCGAUUGUUUCGACCAAUCAUGUGAAUUUUCGAUGCGACUACAAAUACUUAGAUGUAAUAGACGGAUGGAUGAAACUGCAUGAGAUUCCUGCGAACUGGCAUGAGGCAAGGUUGAGAUGCCAUCUUGAGGGAGCCGUUUUAGCUUCUCCUUUGAAUUCGAAUUUGAAAUUCGCUAUGGCAUCAAUGAUGAUCCUUAAAACUCCCAAACAAAGCGUUUUUACAGGAAUCCAUGCGACCUUCUCAAGAGGAGACUUUUUCUCUGUUGAAGGAAUACCUUUAAAAAAGAUACCUCACAAAUGGGCUCCAUCAGAGCCAGGCAACUGGAACGACCAAGAAAAUUGCCUGACCAUGCAUUUCGACGGAAAUCUAGCCGCAAAAUCAUGCUCUGCUACAUUCAACUAUAUAUGUUACAAGAAACGUAUCCCUGACAUGGUGGUCACUGAAUGCGGAACCGUAGAUUCCAAAUACGUCCACUAUGACCGUACAAACAGCUGCUACAAAUUCCAUGGCGUACCUCGGACCUGGUCGAGAGCAUACAUGACCUGUGCUGCCGAAGGUGGAUACUUGACUAUCAUUAACAGUGAGAAGGAAGCAGGAAUCAUCAGAGAAAUUUUCGCACAACACCUUCCAGCGUCUAUGGUCGGUAAUUUUUGGAAAGAUAUGGCUUUUGUGGGAUUCCACGAUUGGGGAGAACAUGGAACCUGGUUAACAGUUCAAGGCCAAACACUGGAAGAAGCAGGUUACGCCAAAUUUGCUCCAGGUGAGCCAAACAAUGCAACUACAGGAGAAUACUGCGGCGGGGUUUAUCGUACUGGGUUGUUGGAUGAUAUCUGGUGUGAAAAUGUGUACGCGUUUAUUUGCGAAAAGGACCCAAACAGUCUUCUCUGUGAUCCUACAAGUGAUAGUUUCGAUGAUAUUAUUGACAUAAGAAAUGUAAACUAGGAUUGUUAUAACAAAAAAAAUACAUGUUUAUUGUAUUAUUUUGGUAUAAUGAUGAUCUAUGUAAAUGAUCUCUGUAUGUUUUAUUUCACAUUAACUAUGUAAAAUGUUUUAUUAGUGUAUAGACAAACAAUUAUUAUAAUUAAUCAUUGUACUACUGUUUAUAAAAUAUGAAAUAAAAUUAUUAGUCCUCAAUUUAC